AUGACCGGAGCUUCCCACGACUUCAACCAAUCCCAGCAGUCCCACGUGCCAGACUCUGUAUCAACCGACCAACGUCGUAAGUGGACAAGAGACUUUGUUCCAAACCCCGUCCGGUCCAGCAGCCCGCGGCCCAUCCACCGUAGGAUCCCAGCGGCAGCGUCCCAGAGUGGCGUCCCACCUGGCACUGACCCUGGCUCCUCAGCUGGAAAGCCGCUGACUCUGGAGAUGGACCAACGUCGUAAGGGGACAAACCCCGACCGGUCCAGCAGCUCGCGGCACAUCCACCGUAGGAUCCCAGCGGCAGCGUCCCAGAGUGGCUUCCCACCUGGCACUGACCCUGGAUCCUCAGCUGGAAAGCCGCUGACUCUGGAGACCGACCAACGUCGUAAGUGGACAAGAGACUUUGUUCCAAACCCCGUCCGGCCCAGCAGCCCGCGGCCCAUCCACCGUAGGAUCCCAGCGGCAGCGUCCCAGAGUGGCGUCCCACCUGGCACUGACCCUGGCUCCUCAGCUGGAAAGCCGCUGACUCUGGAGACCGAUCAACGUCGUAAGGGGACAAGAGACUUUGUUCCAAACCCCGUCCGGCCCAGCAGCCCGCGGCCCAUCCACCGUAGGAUCCCAGCGGCAGCGUCCCAGAGUGGCGUCCCACCUGGCACUGACCCUGGAUCCUCAGCUGGAAAACCGACCAACGUCGUAAGUGGACAAGAGACUUUGUUCCAAACCCGUCCGGCCAGCAGCCCGCGGCCCAUCCACCGUAGGAUCCCAGCGGCAGCGUCCCAGAGUGGCUUCCCACCUGGCACUGACCCUGGCUCCUCAGCUGGAAAGCCGCUGACUCUGGAGACCGAUCAACGUCGUAAGGGGACAAGAGACUUUGUUCCAAACCCCGUCCGGCCCAGCAGCCCGCGGCCCAUCCACCGUAGGAUCCCAGCGGCAGCGUCCCAGAGUGGCUUCCCACCUGGCACUGACCCUGGAUCCUCAGCUGGAAAGCCGCUGACUCUGGAGAUGGACCAACAUCGUAAGGGGACAAACCCCAACCGGUCCAGCAGCUCGCGGCACAUCCACCGUAGGAUCCCAGCGGCAGCGUCCCAGAGUGGCUUCCCACCUGGCACUGACCCUGGAUCCUCAGCUGGAAAGCCGCUGACUCUGGAGACCGACCAACGACGUAAGAGGACAAGAGACUUUGUUCCAAACCCCGUCCGGCCUAGCAGCCCGCGGACCCUCCACCGUAGGAUCCCAGCGGCAGCGUCCCAGAGUGGCUUCCCACCUGGCACUGACCCUGGCUCCUCAGCUGGAAAGCCGCUGACUCUGGAGGCCGACCAACGUCGUAAGUGGACAAGAGACUUUGUUCCAAACCCCGUCCGGCCCAGCAGCCCGCGGCCCAUCCACCGUAGGAUCCCAGCGGCAGCGUCCCAGAGUGGCGUCCCACCUGGCACUGACCCUGGCUCCUCAGCUGGAAAGCCGCUGACUCUGGAGACCCACCAACGACGUAAGAGGACAAGAAACUUUGUUCCAAACCCCGUCCGGCCCAGUAGCCCGCGGCCCAUCCACCGUAGGAUCCCAGCGUCAGCGUCCCAGAGUGGCGUCCCACCUGGCACUGACCCUGGAUCCUCAGCUGGAAAGCCGCUGACUCUGUCUGCCGACCAACGUCGUAAGUGGACAAGAGACUUUGUUCCAAACCCCGUCCGGCCCAGCAGCCCGCGGCCCAUCCACCGUAGGAUCCCAGCGGCAGCGUCCCAGAGUGGCGUCCCACCUGGCACUGACCCUGGCUCCUCAGCUGGAAAGCCGCUGACUCUGGAGACCGACCAACGUCGUAAGGGGACAAGAGACUUUGUUCCAAACCCCGUCCGGCCCAGCAGCCCGCGGCCCCUCCACCGUAGGAUCCCAGCGGCAGCGUCCCAGAGUGGCGUCCCACCUGGCACUGACCCUGGCUCCUCAGCUGGAAAGCCGCUGAGUCUUCUGGAUAUGGCACUCAGUGCUCCUCCGCCGUUAUGGGACGGCCCAAAGCCGCAGUGGGUAAAAAACAUGGAGGUUUGUAUGGAAAGGAGAAAGGAGUUUGGCGGCUGGCACAAGAGUGCUACUCAGCCUGCAGGUAAGCCUGACUGUGGUUUCACUAAACCCCGCCAAAAAACUCCUUAUGGCUCCCCACAUUUCUACAGCUUUUCGCCUUUUCCUUCGCCCUGUUGCUCCCCGUAUGGCUCUGACCCUGGUUCUCCAAGUGGCUCCCCACUUGGCUCUAAACCUGGCUCUUUAAGUGGCCCCCCUUGUGGCUCUAACCCUGGCUGUCCAAAUGGCUCCCCACGUGGCUCCAGGCCUGGUUUUCCAAGUAAAUUGCCACAUAGUUCUACACCUUGCUCUCCAUGUGGCCCCCCUUGUGGCUCUAACUCUGACUGUCCUUGUGGCUCCCCACGUGGCUCCAACCCUGGACUGCCAAGUGGCCCCCCUUGUGGCUCUGACCCUGGCUCUCCUAGUGGCUUCCCUUCAAUCUCUGACUCUAGCUCUUCAAGUUGGUUCCCUUCUAUCUCUGACUCUAGUUCUCCAUGUGGCUCUCCAUGUGGCCCCCCUCGUGGCUCUAACUCUGACUGUCCAUGUGGCUCCCCACGUGGCUCCAACCCUGGACUGCCAAGUGGCCCCCCUUGUGGCUCUGACCCUGGCUCUACAAGUGGAUUCCCCUCUAUCGCUGACUCUAGCUCUUCAAGUUGGUUCCCUUCUAUCUCUGACUCUAGUUCUCCAUGUGGCUCUCCAUGUGGCCCCCCUCGUGGCUCUAACUCUGACUGUCCAUGUGGCUCCCCACGUGGCUCCAACCCUGGACUGCCAAGUGGCCCCCCUUGUGGCUCUGACCCUGGCUCUCCAAGUGGCUUCCCCUCUAUCUCUGACUCUAGCUCUUCAAGUUGGUUCCCUUCUAUCUCUGACUCUAGUUCUCCAUGUGGCUCUCCAAAAGGCUCGCCACAUGGCUCUGACCCUGUCUCUCCAUGUGGCUCUCCAAAAGGCUCCCCACAUGGCUCUGACCCUGUCUCUCCAUGUGCCUCCCCACAUGGCUCUGACCCUGGCUUUCCAAGUGCCUCCCCUUGUAUCUCUGACUCUAGCUCUUUACGUUGGUUCCCAUCUAUCUCUGGCUCUAGCUCUCCAUUCGGCUCUCUAAAAGGCUUGCCACAUGGCUUUAACCCUGUCUCUCCAUGUGCCUCCCCACGUGGCUCUGAGCCUAGUUCUCCAAGUGCCUCCCCACAUUGCUCCCACCCUGGCUCUCCAAGGGGCUCCCUACAUGGCUCUGACCCUGGCUCUCCUGUUGCCUCCAGUGAGCUUCCACUGACCUACUCUGACCAACCUCAGGUACCCACUUCCUCUUUGAAAGCAGGCCCCUCUAGAAGACCAUGUGCUCCUUGUGCUCCUCUGCCGUCAUGGAGGGGCCCUGAGCAGAAGUGGGUGAAGAACCUUAGGAGGUUAAUGAACAUGAGAAACCAGGGCAGGGGGCGCAAGAGAGCCGCUGCAGGUAAGUCUGCUGGUAAGAACUUUUGUCUUUAAAUUGAUUUUUAAUUCAGUUUUCUGAUUUUAUUGUGCUAAACUGUGUUGAAUGUAUUUGAAUAAUUUUGCUCUUAAUCUUUUGAAUUUUGAUUUAAUUAAUUUGAAUUGAUCUGAAUUUAUUUAAAUUGAAUUUAUUAAUUGGCUGGAAUUUGAAAGCUUGGAAUUCAUUUGAAUUGCUGUGAAUUAUUUGAUUGAUUUUUUUAUUUAUUUGAAUUGAAUGGAAUUCAUUUGAAUUGCAUUGAAUUUAAUUGCUUUGAAUUGAUUUCAAUUUGUUUAAAUUAUUUGAAGUAUUUAAGUAUCUAACCAUUUUCAUGUAUAACAAAGGUCAAUCAGACAAGACACUUAUAUGUAUGCCGUAGGUCUUAAAUUUACAAUACAAUAUAAUUACAUAUUCUGGUUAAAGAGGAAAAACUAGUUUUAACCUACAUACAGUAGAUGGAUAAAUCAUAUUCAUCUUUACUCUCUUAAGAUGUUACCUACUUUCUGUUAUGUGCAUUUGUUGGGGAGAGGAGGUGGAUGUGAAGGGCAAUAUUAAGUGUGAACCCUCAUGUGCAAGGUAAAUAUGAUUUUUUUUGUGUUACUAUCAGAAUGAUAGAAAUGGAUAGUUCUUGUUCACUUCUGUUCUUCACUAAGAUUUUAAGUACUUUCUGUUGUCUGCAUUUGUUUUGUUGUGACAGAGAGGAGAGGAGAUGCAUGGUUUUCAAUCCCAAUUUCAUCUGAUAUAUCAAAUGCUUGUAACUAACCUAGUUCUGGGGAGUUCACUCCCCAACAUCCUUAUGUGUAUUUUUUGCCCAGCAUAUUUUCUUACACCCUACUACGCUCUGCGAUGCCCUGCGAUGCCCUGCGAUGCUCUGCGAGGCCCUGCCAUGCCCUGUGAUGCCCUGCGAUGCCCUGUGAUGCCCUGCGAUGCCCUGUGAUGCCCUGCGAUGCCCUGCGAUGUCCUGUGAUGCCCUGCGAUGCCCUGUGAUGCCCUGCGAUGCCCUGCGACGCCCUGUGAUGCCCUGCGAUGCCCUGCGAUGUCCUGUGAUGCCCUGCGAUGCCCUGCAAUGUCCUGUGAGGCCCCGCAAUGCCAUGUGAUGCCCUGCAAUGCCUUGCCAUGCCCUGUGAUGCCCUGUGAUGCCCUGCUAAGCUCUGUGAUGCCCUGUAGUGUCCUGCUGAACCCGGCUACACCCAACCACGUUCUGAGAUGCCCUGCAGUGUCCUGCCGCGUCCCGCUACGUCCACCUAUUCUCUGCUAUGCAACGCUACACCCUGUAACGCCCUGCAAUGCCCUGCAGUGACAGUUGGGGUCCAACUUUACUAAGAGCCUAAACCCUUUUAAUAUUUCAGUAAACUAUUUUUAACAAAUAGAUUGAACUGUUUUUCCUACUUUAGUCAAUAAAUUUUUAAUGAUAACAGUAAAUAAUUCUGUUUCUAAUCAAUAGUAAAAUAGUAGACCACAGAGAAUAGUGAACAUGGCCUCACAAAUUAUAGGGUGGCCACAAAAUCACUUAACCCUCAUGGUGUCUUUGGGUCAAAUUGACCCAUUUUCCUGUAUCAAUGUUCUUCUACCUAACUACUAGGGGAGGGAAUCACCAGAGGCUCCACGAUACUUGGGUCACGAUACGAUAUUAUUGCGAUUUUUGACAUAUUGCAAUAUAUUGCAAUUUGUUAGCUUUUUUCCAACUUCAUUAUUUCGUCCCCAAAAGAAAACGUUGUCAACAUCUGUUUGUUCAUCUUACAUGAAUUUUUUUGCUGUAAAAUGUGACUGUUAAGCUGACUAACAAACCAACACUUUCAUGAAUAUGUUAUAAAUGUUGUAUACACCUGGCAAACUGAACUGUUUGCAUUUAAUUAAGGUGUACUAGACUGUAAUACCAACAGGUAUGCACUGCUGUGCUACUACAGGUCUAUUUUUACAAUGCAACUUCAGCCCUUAAGCCCCUAGGGAAUUAGAAAGGCAAUAACUGUUUAAUAUGUAACUGUUUGAUGCCAACCUCGGCACUAACAAAAGUUCAAAAACAUUUUGUGUGCGCAUAACACUUGACGUGGAGGUGUCCCUCUAACUGAACGGCAACGGCCAUAUUAGAAAAGUUGUUGGUGACAACCACCAGGUUUUUGUCUGCAAUCCCCUAUUCUCGUGCAGCAUUUUGCAGAAGGCGAGCAAAGUUCGCCCCGGUGUGACUUUCGUGGACUGCUCUAGUUUGGAGAACGUGAGACAGCAACUGCUCCUGUCUUCUGUGAGAUAAUAAGCUGUAAUAGUCACAUAGGAAUCCACUGCCCGUGACGUCCAUGCAUCACAAGUCAAUGCAACACGUUCUACUGUUUUUAAACUUUCCUGAACUUUAAGCUUAACUUCUCUGUAGCGCUUGGGUACGUCUGUAUCCGUGAGAAAGCGGCGCUACGGAGUUACGUACCUUGGUUCCAGUGUUUUUAGCAAGUGACAAAAUCCCUAUUUUUCCACAACGUUGUAUGGACUCAGGUCUCUGAGUUAUUUUUUUCUUUGUUCGCUCUGAAUUUGGAGGUAGCUUUGUCAAGCUAAGUGUGUCCAGUGUUGGUUGGUUUUUCGACGGAGCUGGUUUAGCAUUAGCUUUACCGUCCUCGGCUAACGCUAACUCUGGAUGGUGGCGUGUGAGAUGAGCACUCAUGUUGGUGGUAUUCCCUGAGUAUUUUAUUCGCAUACGACACUCCUUGCAAAUCCCAUGUCUCAUAUCCAUCUCAGUUGUCCCUUCCUUGUUAAAAAAUACUAAAACAUUUCAAACACUUGAUUUAAACGCAGACCGUGCAUUUCUGAGUUCUUUCUCUGACGCUGCCUUGUUUAUUUCAUCUACAUCCUCCUGCACGCUGACAGUCACCCCGUUGACCUCACCAGAAAACAAACAGCGCCAUCUGGUGGACUGAAUAAGCAAUUGAUUUGAUUAUUCUUCUGCCAACAAGUUAAAUUCUCAUGUGCAAUUUAAAUAAUAAAAGACCGAUACUUGGCGUCCGUGUAUCGAUACAGUAUUGCCACGGGCAAAUAUCGCAAUACUAUGCUGUAUUGAUUUUUUCCCCCACCCCUACUAACUACCCAAUUGUAAUUACCCACAAUAACAUGAUUUAUUCCACACAACGCUCUUUGGCAAAAAAAGAAUAAAAAAAAAAAAUAGCAUUUUGUAUUAUAGUUUCAAUCAGUAAGUUUUUUGCUAGGUGCAACUAGGUUUAUACCUCAACUCCCAUUGUCUUUUAGUUGUUUUCCCUUAUUCCCUAAAGCCAAACAUUGGUAAUUUUUGAACAAAUGUAAUAAAAAAAUAAUCUUUACUGUAUUUUAAAAUUGGCCUGUUGAAAAUCCUUAUAUGUCAUUGACCUGUAUACAGAGGCUUGGAUUACAUUUUUUUGACAGUUUUCAGUAAUUAUAGGGAACAAUAUGAUAGAGAAAUUUGGUGAUGACUGAUCCUUGUUUAGGUACAUUAAACCAUGUAAGGGACUCAGAACACAGCUCUCUUUUGAUCUUUGUUUUACUGAGUCUGAAACAUGUAACAUGAAAACAUGUGACAGGGACUGCAUCAGUUCCACACACACUCUUCUCAGACUACUGGGAGGGAUAAUAAAAUUUUAAAGUAAAAAAAUGCAAAAUAGAGUACACAUGCCCUGUCUCAUGUGUAAUAGAUCACAGGUAAACACAGAAACCUCAACAGUACAAAUACACAUCACAUUCGUUCUACACAAAUCUCACACAUUUUCCAUAUUGCCGCGGGUCGUGAGGGGCGACUGAGCAUGCAGCGGCACUUCACAGGCACACAGUGCGAUACAAACUUUCGCAACAACUUUGAAAUACAUAACAAUACAAACUCCGGCCCUACACACCACAUCUAUCCCUCUUUACUCCUCCAGAACACAGUCAUGGCGUGGUGAAUCAACAUUGGAAUUACAUUUAUAUACGGAAUUCUCUGUCAACAUACCUGUUUCUAUCAGUUUUCACAACAUAUGAGCUACUGUCAUGCGCAUGUGCCUCACAAUACACGGGUCAUAAUAAUUAUCAACAUAUCUAAACAAAAAUAAAUGUAUGCCUACAGGAAACAUUACUGCUUUCUUUUGGGCGAAAACAAUUCAACUAGGACGAGGCUAAUCACAGUCACUGCAUUUUAAAUGACAUUACAAGAUUACUAAGGUAGUAAAAUCCACCCAAUGCGGAAAAUUUUAACAUAGGGACAUGAGACAUACCGGGAAGCAAGAUGUUCCCGGAUGCGGGAGAUUUAGGACACCUGGUUUACGGAUUAAACCGGUUUAUUCCACCGGUGUCCGUGCGGCAGCAGGAUAACGGGCUGCCUGCUGAAACCAGGGGAGAGGUCUCUUUUUCACGUUAAGCUUUUUCCUUACAAUAUCCCUUAUUGAAGCAGACACGCUUAAUGUCAGCUACCGUCCAUAAUAAUAGAACUUUGGGUUAGAUUUUUUUGAUUGUUUUUACUGUUUAUGAGGAGCAAUAUCUGAGAGAAAUAUGGUGACAAUUGAUCGUUGUUUAGGUACAUUAAGCCACGUUAAGCUUUUUCACGUUAAGCUUUUUCCUUACAAUAUCCCUUAUUGAAACAGACACGCUUAAUGUCAGCUGACGUCCAUAAUAAUAGGACUUUGGGUCCGAUUUUUAGACAGUUUUCACUGGUUAUGAGGAUCAAUAUGUAAGAGAAAUAUGGCGAUAAUUGAUCGUUGUUUAGGUACAUUAAACCACGUUAAGCCUUUUCCUCGCCAUAGAUACCAAUGAAGAAGAAAACGUUAACGUGAGAUAACUUCUAUAAUUGUUGGAUUUGAGUUGUUAUUUUUUUUGACAGGUUUAAGUGUUCAUGAUAAGAUAUAGCCAUGGUAAAUAUGGUGAUGAUUGAUUGUUGUUUAGGUACAUUAAACCACGUUUAGCUUUCUCACAUUAAGUGUUUUAGAAUGUCCCGGUUAUUUGUCAGGGGCAAGAAGGACCUUUGUUGUUUGACAACAACAAAACAUCAUACAAUUUUAGAAAUAUGUAUUCACAAAGUAUUCAAAAAUAACUCCAGAACAGACAAUUUUGUUUCCCACCUUGUUUUGGUUAAUUUUCAUUAUCGUUCAAUUAUAACCUUCAUCCCUAAUAAGGACAUAUUUGAUCAGCAAGGUAUUAAUGAAGAAGGCCUAUCUACUGAAUAGUGCACACAGAUUGUCCCUACAUUUCAUUAAAUUAUAUGCAGUGCACUGUAACCUUGAUUGCCUCAACCUCACUGUCGAUAGAAAACAGCUAUAUCAUAAAGACCACAGGACUAUCUGAAUGAUAUACCUACAACAAGCUUGCAAAUGUCUUUUUAGAGAGAAUUUUUAGGGAUGUAGAGAUGUUAAAUAUGUUCCGACUGUUGCUGUCAGCCUUGCAAUGUUUAGUAAGUUCAACUUUCAUUUAUACUUUUUUCUGUUAUUUCCAUCUUUGUAGUUGUUUUAAGAAUAGGAAAUAAAGAAGAACAAUACAAAACCUUAUCAACUUGUACACCACAGUUACUCAUUUCUUGCCUUUAUUACAUGCCAAGAUGUUUUGUUUAUCUAGCUAAUUAUAUAGGCUUCUCUUUCAGUUUGGACAUCCGCAGUUCAUUGAUAUUGUUGUACAGUCUUCUUCCUUGUGCUGUUAA